UGGAGGUUUAAGAACUUUGUUUUAGGUCCACCAACUGGUGGUUAUGUUUUCAAAACCCAAAGCUAACCCUAAAAAUGCCUAGUAAAAAACAACUAUGAACCAACCCAUUUGGUUCGUAGUUGACAUUUCUUGAUUGUUUUCUACACAAGUUUCUUGGGCUUGUAACUUGUCCCCACGUGAGAAAGAGGGUUGGAGUCAUUGUUCAAUGACAAGGAAGGUUGGUUUUCUGGGGAUCUUUGGCUUCAGUUUUGUCUCCAUAUAAGACCUGCCUUUUAAGCCAGUUGAGCUCCUUUUUCUCAAUUAUAAUCUGGAGCAAGAAUCUCUUUUUUCUUCCAGCUCCCAAUCUCUCCUUUACAUCCUUGAAAUCACUGGUAAUGGAUUUUGUUUCAAUGGGUGACAAAUGGCUACGUUUUGUUUGAAUCUAACUACUGAAGGAGACUGCUAGCAAAUCCAUAUUUUCUCUUUCAGAGUCUUUGUUCUUAUUGAUCAUCCAAGCUUUCUAAUGACCAAAUGUCUCUAAAUCAACCUUCUGUUUCUCUAGCCUAUUCAACAAACUUAUUUUCUGGAAAUUCUGUAUCGACUCAUGACCAUGUUGAAGCCGAAACUAUCAGAAACAGAGACGAGAUGCUAUUUAUUCCUCCACUUGGUGUUCCUGCAAGUAUUCAGCAAAUCAAUAGACAGUUACAUUCGGUGCCAGGUUUUUCAGAUGGUAAUACAGUUUUGACCGAUCCUCAAUUUGUUCCUAAACAACCACUCCAUGCCUAUAGUUUGGAACAAAAUCCUCAGUAUCAUGGAUUAUCUCUCAGCUUGGGAUCUCGAGUACCAUCCUUGGUUCAGGGGCCUUCGAAUUUCAACCAGUACACAAACUCAAGUCUGUCCUCACCGUUGAGUUUGCAUGAUGUACAUUCCGAGGCCCAGGUUUCGCAAAUCAAUGGACUGAAGAAUGUUGAAUACCUGUCAUUUGAUUUAGCUGGAGGGACUCGGGAUACUGUCAAAUACGGAGCUGUCAACAAUGUUCAACUCUUGACAGGCCCCAAAGAAAUGCAUUUUACGUCAUCUCUACAUGAAGCAACAGGAAUCACAGGGACGUUUUGGAACUCGAAGCAUCUCAGUGCAGCUCGGGAUUUACUUGAUGAAGUAGUCAGUGUUCAUAGAGCUCUCGAGAAGCCAGAGACACACCAGGACUUUAAUUCACUUGGUCGAGAUGGCUCUAUAGGGACGGAUGUGAAAGGGGACCAGAUGUCUACUGAACCUCACGAGUUAUCUAUCAGUGCCUCUUGUGAACUUUCACCUUCUGAACGACAAGAUCUACAAAACAAGUUGACAAAACUUUCGUCUAUGUUGGAUGAGGUGGAUACAAGAUACAAACAUUAUCACCAUCAGAUGCAAAUUGUCGUAUCAUCCUUCGAAAUGGUGGCCGGGCGUGGUGCUGCCCAGCCAUACACUACACUUGCCCGUCGCACAAUUUCCGGCCAAUUCCGCUCCUUGCGUGAUGCAAUCAACAGGCAAAUUCAAUUUACUCAAAAAACGUUGGGCGAGCAAGACGUGACUUCACAUGGUCAAGGAGUGUUAUCUCGUCUCCGCUUUGUGGAUCAGCAACUGAGGCAACAAAAGGCACUUCAGCAGUUUGGUAUAACUGGACAACCUUGGAGACCACAAAGAGGCUUGCCUGAAAAUGCUGUUUCUGUCCUUCGUUCUUGGCUUUUUGAACAUUUUCUUCACCCUUACCCUAAAGACUCGGAAAAAAUCAUCCUUGCAAAGCAGACAGGAUUGAGUAGAAGCCAGGUUGCGAACUGGUUUAUCAAUGCACGAGUACGUCUUUGGAAACCCAUGAUUGAGGAUAUGUACAAGGAGGAGUUCGGGGAUGCGGAUGCAGAUGCAGAACCUAAGACUUUGCCAGAAUUUGCAGCGGCCGCACAGAAGUCUUCUUUUGAUGACAAAGAGGAACAAUUUCAGGGAAGCUUAAUGUCUGUGUCUGUAAAUGGCAAUCACCUGGCUCAUUCCAGCGAGUUCGGGCCUGAUGUUAUUUCAAGUUCAGAAUGGAAUGUACAUGAACCAAAUUUGAGCUACCAGGCUGGUCCUUAUCAAGACAAUGAACUUAGGAUUUUCUCCGAUGACACAGCAUCACUUGAGAAGAGUGGUGGUGAUAGACACGACAUUUCCAUGCCAAAUAUUAAAAUCGGAAAUCAAGUAUCACUUGCACUUGGGUUGCAACAUUGUGAGAAAAAUCCUCGACCAAUAUCUGGUGGAACGCAACCAAGCGAAGAUGGUGCUACGGAUUCUUCAAUGGGUCUCGACAAACUGGAAUACCGUUACAUAGAUCCUGUAAAUCAACAGCACAGAUUUGCCAAUCCCCACCUCUUAUCCGAUUUUGUGACAUGAUAAAAAGGUUGCCUACACGAAACAGAGGCAGAGAUGCUUUGGACUGUCAUAAUUUUUUGCAUAAGGUCUCUAUUUUUUGUGCCGAAAUAAUCAAGAAGUCCAGAAUUAAGCAUGAUAGACUUGUACUGAUAUUCCAUUGUAUAGUAUGUAAAGUUCAUGGAACACUUGUUUGUGAAUUACCAUCGACUUCUAAGAAUUAAGAAAUUGAACCAAAAAAAAUAUAUAUAUA